CUAAAGCGUUUUGUCAGGUUAUUUUUAGUGCCUUUCAAUGCUCUUGUCAGCCGGCCGUAAUUUUGUUCGUGCUUUCAGUUCGCGUUCCAUUGCAACUUGCGGUGCUAGAAUGGCGAGCGAAGUGGAUAAAGCCCAGACGGCAGCAGCCAGUGAGGACACGAUCUUUGGCAAGAUUUUGCGCAAGGAGAUUCCAUGCAAGUUUAUCCACGAAGAUGAUAAGUGUGUGGCUUUCCACGAUGUGGCUCCGCAGGCACCAACCCAUUUUCUGGUGAUUCCAAGGAAACCAAUUGCCCAACUCUCGCUGGCCGAGGAUUCUGAUGCCGACAUCUUGGGCCAUCUGAUGCUGGUGGGUCGCAAGGUGGCCAAGGAUCUGGGCCUGGAGGAGGGCUACCGUGUGGUCAUCAAUAAUGGCAAGCACGGCGCCCAGUCCGUUUACCAUUUGCAUUUGCAUUUCCUUGGCGGUCGCCAGAUGAAGUGGCCGCCCGGCUAAAGUCCUCUAGAUGCUUACCUCUUGGAGAUCUAAGAUCUUAAAAGCAACACAAACUCCAAAAGAAAUAUCUUAAUAAAUAUUAAAUACAAACAGAA